AUGGGCAAGUUCAAGUCGACGUCCAAGGCGGUCCUCGCGGAGCGGAGGAUCGAGAGGAAGAUGAAGAAGAUCGCGAAGAAACGCGCGAAGGACGACACGAUCGACCCGAUGACCGGACGCAAACUCACGAAGCGCGAGCUCGCGAGGAAGCGCGGGGAGUACAUCCCGCCCUCGGCGCAAGAGGCUGAGGAGCACGCGGACGACGUCCAGCCGAGGAUCCAAGGCCCGAGAGGGUUGAAAACGUACCCGCUGAAGAUCGGCGUCGGCGACCUCGGCGUCGAGUUCGGCCCCGGGAUCGCGAUGUACUUCAACUUUCUGACGUGGAUGGGCCACAUGUUUUUCAUCUUGUUCGUCUUGAACUUCCCGACGAUUCUCAUCGCGCACGCGGCGAAGUAUUACGGCCCGUAUUCGCACGCGAGGAACUCCACGGGGUACUCGAACGCCUGGGACGAGGGCUUCGGCGGGUUCGACAUGGCGUCCACGACGUUAGGCGCGAUCGCGCCGGACGACGUCGAGGAAGGCGAGUGGCUCAUAUUCGACUGGAACGGGAUGAUAUUGACCAUCUCGAAGCUGGACUUUUUGUACGGCUCGAUGCUCAUGGACCUGCUCGGCGUGGUCAUGUUCUUCAUCAUGCUGUACUUUCUGAACCGACGGAACGCGCAGAUCGAGCGCAGGGUCGACCUGGACACGAUCGAAAUAAGCGACUACACCGUCGUCGUGAAAGGGUUACCCGAGGACGCGGGGGACAAGGAGGAAGUCCGAUGUUUCUUCGAGCUCAAGUUUGGGAAGGUGGUCGACGCGGUGCUCGCGAAGAGCGACGGCAGCGUCGUCAGCGUGUACCGCCGCCGCGGCGCGCUGUCGAUGAUAUACGACACGAUACACUCGCGGUACAUAAAAAAAGGGAAGAAGAAAGACAAGAAGAAGAUGGAGAAGCUCGAGAAGCUCGUCGCGAAGAAGGACGCGAAGAUCGCGAAGCUGAAGCGUCAAAAGUUUUUCAAGACCAAGCUCGCGUUCGUCACGUUCAACGACGAGGAGUCGUACGUGGACUGCUUAGAGCAAUCGCCGAAAGGGUGGUUCGCGCGCUGGAUGAUGCCGCGCGAGGAGAGGUUCCGAGGGAAGCACUCGUACACGGUCGACGCGGCGCCGCCGCCGACGGACGUCAUGUACGAGAACCUUCACGUCUCGGAAAAGUCCCGUCGAAAGCGGCGGUUCAUGGUCGGGUUAGUCUCCGUCGCGCUGCUCGCGGUGUCGUUCUUCGGGAUCUCGGCGCUGAGUAAGAACGCGCGCGACAUGGCCGCCGCCGUGAAGAUGUCCGACGUCAAGCUCGCGGAGGGCGCGGAAGGCCCGGGCGGGGGCGAGUUCGCGAAUUACCCGUGGACGGUCGCGAACGCGUCGUCGGUCGUCGACGAGGACGAGUACGAGGAGUACGACGGCGACGCGGAGCCGCCGCCGCCGCCGCCGCCGCCGCCGAGCGGCGGCGCGAGCGGCGGCGCGUUGACGUUCCCGGCCGACUUCAACGGCACGCACGCGUUCGAUCGCGUGUGCACGCCGACGCUGGCGCAGUGCGAAGUCGCGUACUCCGAGCCCGGAUUGCUCACGCUCAUGCCGUUCGGUGACUUCAUGACCGUGGUCCCGAUCGGCGUCGCGAUGAGCGAGACGGAAAAGCGGGUGAAGAUCAAGACGCUCGUCAAGGAUCUCGCCGCGUGCGCGGACCCGAACGGGUGCCAGAAGCGAGACGAGCACGACGACGUGCUGUUCGGCUGCCUCGCGUGUUACUGCGCCGGGCUUCAGUACGGCGUGAAGUCGGACCGCAAGCCGGGGAAGUGGGAGAAAGGCGACUUCGUGAUGUCCACGUUCACGAACAAAGAGCUCGCGGACAUUAAAGAGCACUGCGCGCCGUACCUCGUCGCGCCCGGGGGGCAACAAGCGAUCAUGCUCAUCGCCGCGUCAGCGUCGGUGUCCGUCGUGAACACGCUCCUGAAGUUUUUCCUGAAGUUUUUGUCCCCGCUCGAGCGACCGGACUCGUUCAUCGCGCUUCAGAGGACGAUCGCGGAGAAGGUGUUCAUCGCGCAGUUCGUGAACACCGCGCUCGUGAUGCUCAUCAUCAACGCCGCGAUCCCGGAGAUCGCGAAUAUUUUCGCGAAUUUGGUAUUCGCCGGGGACUACCGCGACUUCGACACGCUGUGGUACGAAGACAUCGGCGGACCGUUACUCCUCACGAUGAUGGUGAACGCGGUCGUGCCCUCGUUGAUGAACGUCGUCGGCGAGAUGAAGUCCAGCGCGCAGCGGUGCGUCGGGCGAUGCACCGCGUGGACGCAGAAGAAACUGAACGAGAUUUACACCGGACCGGAGUUUGACAUCGCGACGCGAUACGGCGAGAUGCUCAUGUGCAUCACCGUGACGUUGAUGUACGGCAGCGGGAUGCCGUUCCUGUACGUCUUCGCGUGCUUCUACAUGUUCGCCAUCUCGUACUUCGAUCGCAGAAUGUUGCUGCGGUGCGCGCGCAGGCCGCCGAGGUACGGCACGGACUUGGCCGAGCUCGCGCUCGCGGUUGUUCCUUGGGCGCUCUUCGCGCACAUGCUCUUGGGCCUCUGGAUGCACACGUACUUUCUCACGCCGAGCGUUCAGGACAGCACCGGCUACGGCAAAGGGAGCGACGACGACGCCGCGACGAACACGACGCAAGCGGACGAGGUCGACUCGAUCAUCGCCUCCGGGGCGAGCGUGGAUAACUUGGUCGAGCUCGCGCGGAACGCGUCGGCGGCGGCGGCGGCGAACGAAGCCGGCUACUCCUCUCUGCCGGACGAGAUCGACCGACGCGCGGUGCAGACGAACGGGUUCGCGUUCUUGCUUCUCAUCGCGCUGUUCCUCGCGUACAUGAUCCUCAAGACGGUCCUGAAGAAGCUCUGGGGGAUCGUGCGGACGAUAUUUCCGUGCUUCGAUAAGUGCUGCGGGAAGACGAAGAUCGAGAUGGAGGAUAACCCGACGUUCGAGGACGCGUUGAUGACGGAUAAGUUGCGAGGCGUGACGACGUACGAGAUGCGCGACAUGCCGAUGUACGCGGACAUAUUCUACGAGGGGAAGGCGCCGAAGACGCCGCGGAAGGGGGAGAAGGAGGACGCGGACGACAGCGCGUACGGCGCGACGACGACGGACGACGACACAGACGCGGACACGGACGUGGACGACGCUCUGCUCGCCAAGGCGUUGUUCGGCGGCGCCACCGCGGCGGAGAUGCACGGCGACGCGCUCGCGGGGAAGUCCGAGGACGAGAUCUUCGACGACAUACACGCGCUGCUGGGGAUGCCCGGGGAAGGGCAAGUCGCUGGCCUCGGCGGCGGCGGGUUCGGGUUCGGGUUGGGCGACGAUUCCGCGGGGACGGGCAUGGCGAUGAAGAUGACGAUGUCGAAUAACGCCGCGUACGACGCCGGCGACGAGGACGACGACGUCAUGGGCGACGUGAACAACCUCCUAGGCUUCGGCGGCGGCGCGGGCGCCGGCGGCGGCGCGUUUAAUAACCCGACGUUCGACGCCGACGCGAUGGCCGCGCCGAUGCCGGUGAGCGCGUCCGCGACGGCCACGGCGACAGCCACGGACGACGUCGCCGCGUUGAUGCGCGACCUCCAGAUCGGCGGCUCGGCGUCGGCGCCGACGGGGGAGUCGCAGGACGCGCCGGACAUGGCGUCGCUGCUCGGGUUUGGCGGCGGUGGGGGCGCGGUCGGGAUCCCGGGAUGGUCCGGGGGGGCGCGUCGGCCCGAUGGGGAAGCGGAGGAGCAAGCGAGGCGCGAAGACGAAGCGCCGCGGCGGAGGCACCGCGCGCGAGUCAGACGGGGAGAAGUCUAACUAGACUAGCACGAAGGUAGUCAACUUAAACUUAGGACACACGUAGCGAGAGCUCGCGGAC